AUGACAGCAUACAACUCUCCUCGCCCCAAGACGAUGAAGGGCGUCGUCUGGGAAGGCAAGCCCUACGAGAUGGCCGUCAAGCACGACAUCCCAGUCCCGCGCAUCACCGAGCCGGAGGACGCCAUCAUCCGCAUCACCACCUCCGCCAUCUGCGGCAGCGACCUGCAUACCUACCAUGGCUUCUUUGGCAGCCAUGAAGUGCCCUUCGCCAUGGGCCACGAGGCUAUGGGCAUCGUCGAGGAAGUCGGCGAUGCCGUCGACAGCUUCAAGGUAGGCGACCGUGUCGUCGUCGGCUUCCCUCAGGACGGGUACGUCCAGACCCAGAACCACCUCCAGCUCGAGCUCGUCACCUAUGGUUUCGGUCAAGACUUUGGCGGUAUAGGAGGUCUGCAGACCGAGUACGUCCGCGUCCCGCACGCCGACUCCUCCCUCUUCAAAAUCCCCAAGCGCCUCCCGGACAAGGAAUGGCUCUUCAUCGGCGACAUCUUCCCCACCGCCUGGGAAGGCCUCACCUGGUCGGGCUUCCAACCAGGUGACACCGUCGCCGUCUUCGGCGCCGGCCCCGUCGGCCUCAUGUGCGCCUACUCCGCCAUCAUCCGCGGCGCCGCCCUCGUCUACGUCGUCGACCACGUCCCGCAGCGGCUCGCCAAGGCCGCCGGCAUCGGCGCCGUGCCCAUCAACUUCGCGCGCAGCGGCGCCACCGGGUCCGAGCAGAUCCUCGCGCUGCAGCCCGGCGGCGUCAACCGCGCCGUCGACUGCUGCGGGCAGAUGGCCGCCGUCAACGCCGAGCUGAAGCCGCAGCAGGACUACGUGCUGCGCGAGGCCGUGAAAGUCACGAGCUUCGGGGGCGGCAUUGGCGUGCCGGGGGUGUACGCGUCGCUGGAGAAGAGCGCGGGCGCGCCGAAGGCGGAUGAGAUGCGCCCCGAGCUGAAGUUUCCAUUUGCGGAUGCGUGGUUCAAGAGUAUUACGAUCAAGCUCGGUAUUGUGGAGUUGUUGGAGACGGUGCCGGCGUUGGUGAGGCUGAUUGAGAAUGGCAGGGCGAGGCCGGGGUUUGUGGUUACGAGCGAGGUGGAUAUUGACGAGGCGCCCAAGAUGUACAGCCGGUUUGAUAAGAAGCUCGAGACCAAAGUGCUUCUCCGAGGCCCUGGUAAAGAGGGUAGAGAUGAUUUCGUCUGGGAGGCUGAGCAGCAGAGCAACGGGGUCGUGGUCAAUGGUGCUGACCAUAGAAUUUCUGGCAAGACCAAGAGAGUGAGACUCCAUUGA